AUGUCAGGGGUUCAGCGUGUGAACAGCAGCAUCAAGUUUUACUGUGAAGCAAAGAACGCCCGAGGAAUCUCUGUGUCCCGAACAGGAACGGUUCACAUCAAAGUGCUGCCGGAGGCCCCCGGUGGUCUUCACAUCCUUUCGAUGACUGACAACAGUGUCACGUUGUCAUGGAAACCAGGAUUCACUGGUCACUCUGAGCUUUCCACCUGUAUCAUCCAGGUGGUGAGGCUGGCGGUCCGCAGGGAGGCUCAGCCUCAGCAGGAGGUCCAGGUUCCUCCUUACGCCCACACCCUGUCGGGUCUGAGGAGCCACUCCAACUACAGCGCGAGGGUUUCCUGUGUCAACCAGGUGGGGGCGUCCCAGUUCUCCUCGUGGCUGCUCUUCGUCACUCCCGAGUCAGUGCCCUCCGCCGCCCCCAGGAACCUGACCUUUGACCUCUCAGAGCAGCAGCUGUCGGUCCGGUGGGCAAAGCUUCGGGAGGAAGAGCUUCGAGGAAACCUGUUGGCCUACAAGCUGCAGUGGACUCUGGGAGGUGAAGAACAGGAGCCGCUGCUGUUCAAGCAGAACUCUGCUCGUCUCUCAGGCGGGGGCCGUUUCUUCAACGCCUCCUUCCAGGUCUCAGCCUGCACCUCGGUGGGCUGCGGACCCUGGAGCCCCCCAGUGCUGGUGCUGCCCGCCUCAGCGCAGAUCCAGGUGCGGCGCAGCCACAUGUGGGUCGGCCUCCUGCUCGGUCUGCUGGUGGCCACCGUGGUCGGCCUGCUGCUGGCGAUCGUAGCUCGGCGCCGAAGAAAAGAGACGCAGUUUGGUUCAGCCCUGAAAGGUCCUGGUCCUGAAAGUUUGGUCUCGUUCACAGCAGCUCGCUCGUUCAGCAGAAACACCAGCGAUCUGCAGGAAUCCACCCUGGACAGUCUGUGCAUCAACGAGGAGCUGAAGAACAAGCUGCAGGACGUCUUGAUUCCAGACAGACUUCUUACCCUCGGCUACAUGCUGGGAAAAGGUGAGUUUGGCUCAGUGCGUGAGGCUGUUCUGAAGUCUGCAGACAUGUCGGUCCAGAAGGUGGCGGUCAAAGUGCUAAAAUCUGACAUCACCUCAUCAGGUGACAUCGAACAAUGUCUGAAGGAGGCAGCGUACAUGAAGGACUUCAACCAUCCCAACGUCAUCAAGCUCAUUGGAGUGAGUCUACACAGGCGCCCGAGCCAGCGGCUGCCGAUCCCCAUGGUGGUUCUGCCCUUCAUGAAGCACGGCGACCUGCACACCUUCCUGCUGCUGUCCCGCCUGGGAGACCAGCCGUUUGACCUGUCCCUGCAGACCCUGGUCCAGUUCAUGUUGGAUGUCGCUCGGGGGAUGGAGUAUCUGAGCAGCAAGAGCAUCAUUCACAGAGACCUCGCCGCACGAAACUGCAUGCUGAAUGAGAACAUGUCGGUGUGUGUGGCAGACUUCGGCCUCUCCAAAAAGAUCUACAGCGGAGAUUAUUAUCGCCAGGGAUCCGUUUCCAAGCUUCCUGUCAAAUGGAUCGCUCUGGAGAGUUUGGCUGACAACGUUUACACCACUCAGAGCGACGUGUGGGCGUUCGGUGUAACGAUGUGGGAGAUCGUGACUCGUGGUCAGACUCCGUAUCCCGGAGUGGAAAACUCUGAGAUCUACGAGUUUCUGAUCAAAGGAGAGCGGCUGAAGAAACCCGCGGACUGCAGAGGUGACAUUUAUGAGAUCAUGCACAGCUGCUGGAGUCCCGUCCCAAAAUGUCGUCCCAGUUUUCAGCAGCUUGUCGUCCAGCUGGAGAGGCUGCACCUUAACCUCGCCCCCGCCUCUCCUCCUUUACUUUACGUCAACCUGGAAGGAGACGAGGAGCUGGACAGGGGAGGAGGAGCUGGUGGACCUCAGGAACUCGCUCGGUCUCUAGAACCUGAAGCUGCAGCAGAAGCUUCCAGCUGGAGCGUCCCCUGGCAGCGACAGGCGGAGGACGGAGAGACGGACUGGCUCAUAGGGGCGUCCAGGGCGGCGCUGGCCAUGGGAGGAGACUACAGGUACGUCGUCAAGCACUGUGGACCCCUCGAGGAAGAAGAGGAGGUGGUGGCGGGGGGAGGAAGAUUGGAUCAGGCCAGGGACGAUGAGGACGAUGCUGUCAUCAACGUCUGA